GAAAUUUGCUACAACAUACUGAAAAACUAAUAAGUUAUACUGUGCUACGUUUUUUGGAACACGCCUCCUUUUAUGUAUUAUGGAAUUUUUUUGAUUUGGCUGACUCACACUGUUUAUUAUAUUAUCAAUAAUUAUCAACCGCAUUUUAACCGAAAGAACUUUUUUGUGAAGUGAAAUUCUACGUUAUAUCAAUUUAAAAUGUUGUCAGUGAAGUUUGCAAUAUUUUCGGUAUUUUUAUUCGUACAUUUUAAGCAUUUAAAUGCUGAUUGUAUUAAAAAAAAGCUAUGUAGUGCUUGUAUACAGGAACCUGGAUGUGGAUGGUGUGAAAUUGCACAGAGUUCUUCCACUUUUCGAGAAGUUCACUGUUUAAAUGAAACUUCAGAACUAGCCAAAAACUGUUCGGGAUUUUACACUAUAACUUCAUCAAAAGCUGAUAUGGACGAUGAACCACUGUCAUCUAAUAUACAUAUGAAACCGCAAAAGAUUGAUGUAAAUUUAAGAAAAAAUCAGAAAUACAAAUUUAAUUUUCUCUACCAACAACCCAGUGAUUAUCCAGUUGAUCUAUACUUUAUAAUGGACAUGUCGAAUUCCAUGAAAAAAGUUAAAAAAACAAUUGGAAAUUUGGGCAAAUCUAUUUCGGAAAAAUUAAAUAAACUAACGAAAAAUUCUCGAAUCGGUUUUGGUUCUUUUGUCGAUAAACCUUGUUUGCCGUUUCAAAAUACUGGUAAUAACACUAUUAAAGAAAAUACAUACAGUUUCAAAAACAAUAUUGCACUCACAAAUGAUUCAGAAAAAUUUAAGAAAGCAGUGAAAGAUGCUUUGACCUUACCAAACUUGGAUUCUCCUGAAAGUGGGUUUGAUGCUCUGAUGCAAGCGAUGGUUUGUAAGAAGGAAAUAAAUUGGAGAAAUGAUUCCAGACAUAUUAUAAUACUUGCAACUGAUGCGGCAUCUCAUAUGGCAGGCAAUGGUAGAUUGGCUGGUAUAGUCGUUCCAAGCGAUGGUAAAUGUCAUUUACACAAUGGCGUAUACAACGAAUCGUUAAAAUUUGACUAUCCAUCUUUAUCCCACAUCAAUUACAUUGCCCGUCAAGAAAAAAAGUAUAUUAUAUUUUAUGUGCAUUCAGAUUUUUACGAGUCAUAUUCACUUCUAUCUAAAGAAAUAGAUUACUCUGAUGUCAGCAUAAUGAAUGAUGGUACUAACAUUAAUUCUGUAAUAGAGAAAAAUUAUAUAAACAUCGUCAGCACAACUAAGAUGCAAUACGAUGCACCAAAUAACGUUAAAAUCACUUUUACAUCAAAUUGUACAAAUCCGAGUGAAAAUGGAUGCAAAGGAGUAAAAAUAGGCGAAGUGCUUAAUUUUACCGCGACAAUACAUGCAAAAUCUUGCUCUCCAAAUAAUACCAGCCAAAUUAUAAGAGUGUACCCAGACGGUAUUUCCAAAGAAGAACUUACUAUAAAACUCAAUGUUUUGUGCGACUGCGAAUGCCAAAGGAAGAAUAUCUCCAGUUCUGAACAAUGCAAUAAGCAAGGCAGUCUUAUUUGUGGGCUUUGCGAAUGUGACGAUGGCUUUAUAGGAAAACAAUGCCAAUGCGCGGGUAACUCGAAUAUGAAUAUCGAUAAUAAGAAUUGCCUAGGUCCAAAUGAUGAAGAGUGCUCCGGAAGGGGUACUUGUAAGUGCGGCCAGUGCGUAUGUGAUACAACCAAAAAUCCUGACAAGGACGUUAUCAGCGGAGACCUUUGUGAAUGCGAUAAUUUUAAUUGUGAUAGGGCUAAUGGUCAACUAUGCGCAGGCAAUGGAGUAUGCGAAUGCGGUAAAUGCAGCUGUAAAAAAGGUUGGACGGGAAGUGAUUGUAACUGCAAAAGCAGCCAGGAUGAAUGUAAAAACGACAAAGGAGUUAUAUGUUCAGAUAAGGGCAAAUGCAAAUGUAAUGCUUGCUUGUGCGAUCGAAAAUACUCCGGGAAACACUGCGAUGUUAAAGUAACCCCAGCUCAAAUGUGUGAUAGUUUUAAAGAUUGCGUCGAAUGUCAAGGAUUUAAAACUGGGAAAUAUGAUAAAAUGGAUUGCAAAACGAACUGUACCAAAUUUAUGACAAAAUUGGUUAAAGCAUUUGACAAAACACAUUCAGCUACGCCAUGUGUUCAUUUUAAUAAAGACAACUGUGAAAUAUUGUUCCAGUACACUGAAGAUCUCAUUGUAGAAGCUUUGGACGAACCAAUUUGUCAAAAAAAUAUCCUAUGGAUGUUAAUUUUUGGAGUAAUUGGUUCCAUUCUCCUAGCGGGUAUAGUACUUCUGUUGAUGUGGAAAAUUGGUACAACUAUCCACGAUAAAAGGGAGUUUUCCAAGUUCGAGCAGGAACAAAAGGGUAUGAAAUGGGGGGCAGGUGAAAAUCCAUUGUUCAUAAAAGCUUCCACCGAUUAUUCGAACCCUGCCUACGGAAGGCAAACAAACCCAAACAACCAAAAAAGCUUUAAAAAAAUUUGCGACAAAAACAACAACCUGUGUGUAACAACCAUGGAACGUGCGAUUGUGGUAAAUGUCUGUGCCAAGAAGGAUGAAGCGGUGAAGCAUGUGAAUGUGCACCUGUUACAUCAUGCAAGGCUUCAGGUGAUGAACAGGUUUUUUCUAUCAGAUGCUUGUAUACAGGAACCUGGAUGUGGAUGGUGUGAAAUUGCACAGAGUUCUUCCACUUUUCGAGAAGUUCACUGUUUAAAUGAAACUUCAGAACUAGCCAAAAACUGUUCGGGAUUCUACACUAUAACUUCAUCAAAAGCUGAUAUGAACAAUGAACCACUAUCAUCUAAAAUAAAUUUGAAACCGCAAAAGAUUGUUGUGAAUUUAACAAAAAAUCAGGAAUACAAAUUUAAUUUUCUCUACCAACAACCCAGUGAUUAUCCAGUUGAUCUAUAUUUUAUAAUGGACAUGUCGAAAUCCAUGAUAAAAGUUAAAAAAACAAUUGCAAAUUUGGGCAAAUCUAUUUCGGAAAAAUUAAAUAAACUAACGAACAAUUCUCGAAUCGGUUUUGGUUCUUUUAUCGAUAAACCCUGUUUGCCUUUCCAAAAUACUGGUGAAUUAAAUUAUAAAAGAAUGACAUACAGUUUCAAAAACAAUCUUCCCCUUACAAACAAUUCAGAAAAAUUUAAGAAAGCAGUGAAGGAAGCUUUGGCCUUAUCAAACUUGGAUACUCCUGAAAGUGGUUUUGAUGCUCUGAUGCAAGCGAUGGUUUGUAAGAAAGAAAUAAAUUGGAGGGAUGAUUCCAGACAUAUUAUAAUACUUGCGACUGAUGCUCUAUCUCAUAUGGCAGUCGUUCCAAGCGAUGGAAAAUGUCAUUUGCACAAUGGCGUGUACAACGAAUCGUUGAAUUUUGACUACCCAUCUUUAUCCCACAUCAAUUACAUUGCCCGUCAAGAAAAAAAGUAUAUUAUAUUUUAUGUGAAUUCAAAUGUUAGAGAGCCAUACUCAUUUCUGUCGAAAGAAAUAGAAAACUCUGAUGUCAGUAUAAUGGGUGAUGGUACUAACAUUAAUUCUGUUAUAGAGAAAAAUUAUAUAAACAUCGUCAGCACAACUAAGAUGCAAUACGAUGCACCAGAUAACGUUAAAAUCACAUUUACAUCAAAUUGUACAAAUCCGAGUAAAAAGGGAUGUAAAGGAGUAAAAAUAGGCGAAGUGCUUAAUUUUACCGCGACAAUACAUGCAGAAUCUUGCCCUCCAAAUAAUGCCAGCCAAAUUAUAAAAGUGUACCCAGACGGUAUUUCCAAAGAAGGACUUACUAUAGAACUUAAUAUUUUGUGCGACUGCGAAUGCCAAAAAAAGAAUAGCUCCCGUUCUGACCAAUGCAAUAAGCAAGGCAGACUUAUUUGUGGGCUUUGCGAAUGUGACGAUGGCUUUAUAGGAAAACAAUGCCAAUGCGCGGGUAACUCGAAUAUGAAUAUCGAUAAUAAGAAUUGUCUAGGUCCAAAUCGUAAAGAGUGCUCCGGAAGGGGUACUUGUAAGUGCGGCCAGUGCGUAUGUGAUACAACCAAAAAUCCUGACAAGGACGUUAUCAGCGGAGACUUUUGCGAAUGCGAUAAUUUCAAUUGUGAUAGGGCUAAUGGUCAAUUAUGCGCAGGCAAUGGAGUAUGCGAAUGCGGUAAAUGUAGAUGUAAAACAGGUUGGACGGGAAGAGAUUGUAACUGCAAAAGCAGCCAGGAUGAAUGUAAAAACGAUAAAGGAGUUGUAUGUUCAGAUAAUGGCAAAUGCAAAUGUAAUGCUUGCGUGUGCGAUAGAAAAUACUCCGGGAAACACUGCGAUGAUAAAAUAACCACAGCUCAAAGGUGUGAUAGUUUUAAAGAUUGCGUCGAAUGUCAGGGAUUUAAAACUGGGAAAUAUGAUAGAAUGGGUUGCAAAACGAACUGUACCAAAUUUAUUACAAAAUUGGUUAAAGAGUUUGACGAAACACAUUCAGCUACGCCAUGUGUUCAUUUCAAUAAAGACAACUGUGAAAUAUGGUUCCGGUACACUGAAGAUUUUAUUGUAGAAGCUUUGGACGAACCAAAUUGUAGAAAAAAUAUCUUAUGGAUGUUAAUUUUUGGAGUAAUGGGUUCCAUCCUCCUAGCGGGUAUAGUACUUCUGUUGAUGUGGAAAAUUGGUACAACUAUCCACGAUAAAAGGGAGUUUUCCAAAUUCGAGCAGGAACAAAAGGGUAUGAAAUGGGGGACAGGUGAAAAUCCAUUGUUUGUAAAAGCUUCCACCGAUUAUUCGAACCCUGCCUACGGAAGGCGAAGUAUGCGAUUAAACAGUUAAGAGUACAAUAAGAAAAAAUGUCAUUUUCCGUUGUAUUUUUAUUAAUUUGUUUUCAUUUAAAAUUUUAUAAUAUUUAUAUUAUAAACAAUUAACAACAAUACAAAAUUUGAUAU